AUGUGGCGCACACUCUACCAGGUUCACAUUUGGGUGUUAAUAAUGUCUGGCAUCAAAGGAAAUAAGUGCACACUAAAACGGAGGCUGAUUCUCUGGGUUUUAUUAACCAACAUAAUGCUGGUGCUGUACUGCUUGAUGAACCCAACCCAAGUCAAGAUCAGGGGCUCCCAACAAGACACGUGUCCUCUAAGCAUAGCGAAAUUGAAAGAAAAUGUGAGCACGCCUUCUCAAAGCACAGAAGAGUGCUCUCCCACAGUAGACAUCAUGUUCAUGAAGACCCAUAAAACUGCCAGUAGCACCAUACUCAACAUCCUCUUUAGAUUUGGAGAAAAACACAAGCUUAAAUUUGCCUUACCUGAUGGGCGUAAUGACUUCUUUUACCCAUCGCCUUUCCUGUGCUCCCAGGUGAAAGACUACAGGCCUGGAGACUGUUUCAACAUUAUUUGUAACCACAUGCGCUUUGACCAUCAAGAAGUAGCCAAGCUCCUGCCUCCAGAUGCUGUGUACAUCACCAUUGUACGUGACCCAGUGGAUCUCUUUGAGUCGUCCUUCAACUAUUAUCACAGAGCAGUUCCUCUCACAUGGAGGAUCAAUGGAGAGAACAAACUGGCAGAGUUUCUAAACAGUCCUCAGACCUUCUACAGCCCACAGGCUUUUAACUCAUUCUACCUGAAAAAUCUGCUCUUUUUUGACUUUGGUUUGGACAACAACCUGGAAGCUGAUGAUCCUCGUGUCAUGAGGGAUAUUCAUAACUUAUCAAAACAUUUUGAUUUGGUUCUCGUAGCAGAGUAUUUUGAGGAGUCUCUUAUCCUGCUUAAGGACACACUGUGUUGGACUAUGGAAGACAUCAUGUAUUUUAAACUCAAUGCUCGCAGGAGCUCAUCUGUAUCUCGUCUGACCCCUGAGUUGAGAGCCAAAGCCUUACAGUGGAACGGGGCUGACUGGAGACUCUAUCAGCACUUUAAUGCUACCUUCUGGGCCAGAGUAGAGGCGUAUGGGAGAGAAAGAAUGAAACAGGAGGUAAAUGAGCUGAGGAGAAAAAAUGCUGCGAUGAAAGCUAUCUGUGUCGAGGAUGGAGAUGCGGUUGAAGCACAAAAGAUUCAGGACAGACGUUUCCUGCCCUGGCAGCCAGUUGGAGAGUCUUCCAUCCUGGGGUACAACAUCAAGAAAAAUGUUCAUCCAACAUUCAGGACACUUUGUGAAAAAAUGCUCACGCCUGAAAUACAAUAUUUGUCAAAUCUGGGCGUAAGCCUGUGGCUUACUAGACUAUGGGGUUGGUUAAAAGAUGCUGUUUUUACAAUUUGA